UACAAUCCAUGUGCAAAUGCCUUUACACCUUGAGAUAUAGUAUUCACUUCCCAGUGUUCAUCUUCUUGCUCUUUGCAACCAUCUUCCGGUCCUCCGAGUCGGCCGCCCUUCCACAUUUAAAAAACGAUACCGACGUUCAGAUACCACCUUUGGAAACAAGGACUCAACUCGACUCGAAAAAUAUUGUCGUCCUCGAACCUCUACAACCUCAUUUGUCGACAGACACCACUAAGCGACCUCAAAUUACGAAGCGGCCCCAGAAUGUAACUGACACGGCAUUGUUGGACGAGUGCAUGAGCAGGCCUCUGAGUCCACAACUAUGGACAGAGUUGGGAUUGGACGAGUUUCUCCACAAUUACCCUGGUGGUGAUACAUUGACUCUUCCCCAAUUGGCAGAUAGAGUCAACUUGACAAACUUUGACUGUGGUAUCGAAAAGCCUUGUUACGCUGAUCAGCUCUGUCAACCUGUGCGAGGCAAAGAAUGGUACAUCUUGGUGGCUGCACAGGAAUGGAACGCUUUCAUGAACGCAAUAUAUUCAGCGAUUGGCUGGGCCAUGACUAUGAUGCAAGGCAUCGCUCCUUCAAUGGUCUCCGACUUCUAUCCGGACUUACCAGAUACUUGGGCAAUCAUCAAAGCAUUCGCUACUCUACUCACCUCAGUCAGCAAAGUCUAUCCAACGGAAGGACUGAUCAGCUGUACGAAGUAUUGGUACCAAUUCUUGCAAGGAGAAUUUGGACUCUUCGCCGGAAUCUCUGGAAUGAUGGACGAUGUCUUAAUCAAGAAUCCUGUCAAUCAACACGACAAGUGGACUUAUUUCUCUUACACGCUCUCUAAAAAUCAAGAUCUUGCUCAGAUGGCCGUUGCCAAUCUCUCGCAAUCGACUAUACAGGCUGGAAUCAGCACUGAAAACGGGAUCUAUAGAGUACUCAAGGACGGUAAAUUUUUGACGGAUCACUCCGUUGCAGGACCCAAAGCCAUAGGUCACAUCAAUAAUCUGGCAGGAGAUAAACAAGCCGAAUUGAAAGCCUCAGUUCAGCUUCAUCUUCUUGCCGCACUCUGGGAACAACAGCAUAUUUUUGUCACUCGAGGAAGCGAUCCUUGUACUGACUCCGGACCUAACGGCGCAUGGGCGGGGGACGAUGUGUUGUCCUUCUGUGGACCAGAUAACGUUAUGAUGAACAUCAUCCAAGCCGACGGAAAAAAAUCAGUCAAAAAGAUUUUCAACGCUCACCUCGUUGAACAGAAAUAUAACUUCUCCAUCGGAUACCUCACGCAAGCGGCUUGGGAGUGCCAAAAAAAGAGUGGAAAGUUCGAAUUUGACGUGUGGAAUGCGUAA